AUGAGAUUAUAUGUUGAUUACCUUCAGUUCAAUAAGGUCACCAUCAAAAAUAAUUAUCCUCUUCCAAAGAUUGAAGACCUUAUGGAUCAGUUAGUGGGUGCCUAUGUUUUUAGUAAUAUUAACUUGAUAUCGGGCUUUCAUCAAAUUCGAGUGAAGGAUGAAGAUAUUCCGAAGAAUACAUUUAGGACACGAUAUGGUCACUAUGAGUACUCGGUAAUAUCGUUCGAUGUGUCUAAUGCUUCUGAUGAAGAUCAUGUUGGACAUGUUUGUAUUGUACUACAUGUGUUGAAAGAAAAUAAGUUGUAUGCCAAGUUAUCAAAGUGUGACUUUUGGUUGCAAGAAGUGAGUUUUCUGGGCCAUGUGAUUUCCAGUGGUAGUAUAGUGGUAGACCCUAUUAAAAUGGAUGUAGUGUUGCAGUGGGAGGUGCCGAAGUCAGUUACAGAGAUCAUAAGUUUCCUGGGGUUGGCUGGUUAUUAUAGAAAAUUCAUUGAAGGUUUCUCCAAGUUAUCCCUACCUUUGACUCAGUUGACUCGAAAGGGUCAAGCCUUUAUGUGGGAUAUAAUGUGUGAGGAGAAUUUCCAAAAACUGAAGAAGUUGACAACAACACCAAUAUUGAUAUUUCCAGAUCCGAAGGAACCUUUUGUUGUAUACUAUGGUGCAUCCAAGAUGGGAUUGGGUGGUGUUCUUAUGAAAAAUGGUCAAGUUGUGACUUAUGCUUCACGAUAG